AAAGUCUGCAAUUCUGCUUGGAGACACAGCCUGACUGUCAUGUAUCUUGUACUGGGAAAAGCAACAGACGUUAAACUGUGGAUCAAAAAUUAUUUUUAAGGAUGGUGCUUUUCAAUGAACUGGCAAGAUAUGGAACUGACUUCUGACUUCUUGCAUGUGUGUGUGGCACCAUAUCUCAGAGCACAAAUGAAACGAUCCAGCCAGAAGAGCAAGUGGAGUGGGUCACUUUUACCUGUUGAUGAACUAAAAUGAAUGUGCAAUGCUUGAUAAGAGGGGAGAAGGCAAAGUCUGACUCCACCCUACUUGUCAGAGAGCUGGAAGAGAAACAUCGAUAUUUGAAACCAACAGCCCCAUUGAGAGAACACUGUCUGAUCCCCACAGUGAUGGAUAAGGAUCCUUUGUUCCAGCUCCGAGUCUUUGACCUCAAUUGCUGGGCCCUUCGGUACUUGAGCAAAUUACGGCAAGAGCGCAUCGCACUGAUCGGAGAUGUCCUCGACCAGGAAGAAUUUGACUUAGCACUCUUACAGGAGGUGUGGAGUGAAAGAGACUACUGGGAGCUGAAAAAGAAACUGUCUGCCCGCUAUCCUUCUUCCCACUAUUUCAAAAGUGGGGUGAUUGGCAGUGGACUCUGCAUCUUCUCUAAACACCAGAUCUUAGACACCUUCCUGUACCAGUACUCUGUGAAUGGCUACCCAUACAUGCUCCAGCAUGGGGACUGGUUUUGUGGGAAAUCUGUGGGGCUUGUGGAGUUAAAGAUCCAGGGUAUAGUCUUCAACGUUUAUGUGACACACCUUCAUGCUGAGUAUUGUCGGGAGAAAGAUGCUUACCUGCCUCAUCGAGUUGUCCAGGCCUGGGAACUUGGCCAGUUUAUACAGCAUACGUCCAAAGGGGCUGACAUUGUACUGCUCGGUGGAGACCUGAAUAUGCACCCUGAGGAUGUUGGCAUUAGGCUGUUACGAGGCUGGGCAGGCCUGCAGGACUCCUUCACUGCUGCAGAGAAAGUUGAGGGCUGUGAGGAUGGCUGCACUCUGAUUCCAACCAACUGUUUCACAAAUCAAAAGGAAAUGCGGUUUUAUCCUCAAGGGAUUCGUAUCGACUAUGUUCUUUAUAAGGAUUCACCUCAGUAUGACGUAAGAUGCAACAGUCAUGUGACCACCACUGGAACAGUUCCUGGCAAGGGCAUCCCUUACUCGGACCAUGAAGCUGUUGUUGCCACACUGUCUGUGCAAAGAAAAGGAUCAGGCAAAGCCCUAAAUCAUCCCACAGUUGAGCCAGGGCUGGUAGACAUCUUGAAUGAAGCCCGGAUGGAGGUGAGAGUGGGGCUGCUUUCAGCAGAGCGCCAACGGUAUUCCUGUGGGCGCAUGGCCGUCCUGGCCCUACUUCUGCUGCUCAUGCAAGGAGCGAUGGGCCUGAGUUCCAUGUUUGGAAGAACCAUCCAGCCCUUCCCCAAAUUCUCUUUCUCUCUGCUUGGCCUGCUGGCAGUGGUGGUGUUGCUCAUCUCAAGCGUGCUGUACCUCUUCCACACCAUUGAGGUGAAAAUCCUCCAGGGGACAGAGGAACAAAUGCGGGUGGGGCUGCAGUCUCUUCAUGACAAGCUAAGCUCUGGCUGAUGCUUUUUCUACUGGAGCCUCCGUAGGGACCAAGAGACCCUUGCCGAAGGUGAAAGCCAGUAAGCCCCUCUCUGCUGCCCAGGUUCUCUUGCCUAGAGGGACGUGUGCAUGUGUGUGGGGUGGGGGGCAAUAAUUUUAGCAUUUGAUGCUGUACAGGUUUUAUAGCUUCAUUUCAGAUAAAUAAACUUUGUAUGAAUGGUUGAUUCUGUCCAUCCGCUGGAGAAAUUGUGGGAUGGGGACUGUGGUGCCAUUGCCCAUUGCACUGUGCAGAAGGAAAUUCUGAAAUGCAAGCAUGUCUAGACCUGACUUCGUUGUAGCACUUUAACAAACCAGCGGUUUUUCUUAUAUUGUGAACUACCUAGAGCCCUUCGGGGAUGAGGCGGACUAUGAAAUCUAAAGUAAUAAAUAAAUAAAUAAACCAGCUGUGCGGUGUGAAGCAUGAGACUGAUUCAUACCACUUCGUAAGCAGUGCAGAAAGUGGCAUAAAAGAUAUGUGCUAGAACGUACAGUGUUUGUAGUGACUCCCUCCACUACUUUCUGAGCUUAGCAGCCGUGUGCUGUGUUGUUGCCAGGAAUGGAAGGGCUUGAGUGACUAGCAAGGUUUCAAUGCCAGUCUUUGAUCUGUACUUUUUAAAACAAAUCAGAUCUUGUUUCCAGUUCUGGGUACGCUCCUAGCAAUAGUCAUGUUGCUGUGGAUAUAACUGGGGGGAGGGGAGGAGGGGAUUCCUGCAAGCUGGUCCUUCUACUGACAAGAAUGUAGAAUAUUGCAGUGCUUUAAAAUAUAAUGGAGAUCUCAUUUCAGGGAUCAUAAAUUGUUGGCCCUGGUUUUUGGAAUGUUGUUCUGGCUCCCUAAGAUGAACAAAGGAGGUAGCAUUUGUCAAUGAAAUCCUGUCCUUGACAUGAUUCAUCAUUUAUGUAGACCUGAAUGUACAAUGUACUCAUCAGCAUUAGUUUCGCCCUUGCAACACUUUUAUGAUGCGAGUCACUGUUGUUCCCAUUUGGCUUGAGGUGAAGAGAUGGCUGGCUUGCCCAAUACCAGGCUGCAAUUGUAUGGCUGUUGCAGCAUCUAAAACCCAGUGCCAAGUCCCGGUAUGACUAUCUCACAGCAUUGUAUGUAAGCUACAGGGCUAAUUUCCAAUGAGUGGCUGUCAGUAGCCUCACAUGCAGUUGCAAAUCUUUUGAUACAGUGGAUGCCCUUGGUGAAAGCAUGCGGUAUUAGCAGCCUAUGAGGUGUUUUGACUUUCCUAGUUCUGUAAAAUAUCUUGGAGCAGGGGAGGAGAGGUGGAAACAUGAGUGUGCAAGUAAGAGGAAGAAUCCUCCCCUAGGCAUAUUUCGCAUCCUGGUUUUUUUCCUCCAGUUGUUAUCUUAGUGGGGUGGGAGGCAGAUACAGACCAUAACAUCAUGGAAAAGAGUGGUCUUUCCUCUGCUCCCCCCAAUUGCUUAAUAGCUAAAAGUACUUGCCAACUGCAGUACAGAUCCAGGGGGAGGCCAGACAAGCCAGGUGCCACAUUAAGGCACUAGUGGGAGGGGCACUGGGCCAGUCCCCCUCCCCCCACCAAAAAGCCCUUUGUGGUAGGGCACCUUUAACAUCUCAAGAGUCGCUGGGUCGCAGCAGCAGACUGCUUCCUCACCCCUCUGGCCUGCAAUAGAGGUGGUGAAUAAGCUAAGCAAAGAGUGUGCAGGUGGGCGAGUUUGGGUGCUGGGUAAUCCCUGGGCAGCCAUUCAGUUAGGCUGUUUCUGGCAGGGCAGCAAGCUCUGACCUGCCCUUCUACGCGGCCGCUUCUUUGCCUCGCUUACUUCUCCACUCUUUGGGAGCAGCGAUGAGUGAAACAAAGAGCAAGUCAGGCAAAGAAGCAGCUGAAUAGAAGCGCAGUCCAGAGUCAACUGCCUCACCAGGAAGAGCCUGACUGAGUGGCUAUCCAGGAAUUACCUAGCACCCAAACUCACCUGCCCAUUCACUCCUUGCUUCACACGUCUUUGCUACCUCUCCUGCAGGCCAGAGAGGACAGUGAAGCAGCCAACUGCUGCCACAUCCCAGCGACUCUGGGAUUUUAAAGAUGUCCUACCAAAAGGGGCUUUUUGGAGGGGGGCAGCUGGGGAGGGCACCAUUUGAGAGCUUGCCCUGGGUGCCAUUUUCCAUAGGACCAACUGCAAGUCCACUAGUUUGAAGCUUAGAAAAUUGUGAUAACUGAGAAAUAGCUAGUAACACUUACUCUGGAACAAGCAGCAGUAUAAAAAAUAUUGAUCGGUUGCCCAGGUGCAGAUCUUUGAAAGCAUUUAGUUAAAUUAUGUCUCCCUGGAGCCGCAUGUUUGAUGCAUGUACUCAUGUAUUUGAUUUCUGUGCUUAUGUCCCACACUCAAGAGUACUGGACAGGUGGUUUGUAGACCAUGCAGGUUUAUAUUUUGCUAAACAACUGCUUUCAAAUCAUUCUCAUUUAAGGGAAGACAAGAUUUUUCCUGUGCCAUUAAAUGAAAAUAUGCUUUAAAAAAA